ACGCAAAAGCGCACAUGAACGCUAAUGACACAGAGACAGCUGCUUAAUAACAUUUAAUGCGCUCGUGAUAAUCGCCGGCGCAUGGCGGUAGAAACGUUGUGGAAGGAGGAAGACGAGGAGACCAGGAAGAGAGGAGGGCUGAGAUUUCGCGAAACAAGGCAUGGGAGUAUUUGUUCGCGCAACGUCGGAGCGAGACGCUCCCGCGAUCUGCGUGGGAGGGUAAAAAUUGGCGGUGGUGUCGUUUAUUGAUUGAAUCCGCGGAAGCCGCGCCGAACCGCGCAAACUCGUCGUCGGCACCCUGAAUGAAGUGACGUGCUUCUGUCGCAUAUGGAAACGCGAAUAAAGCGACGAUAGAACGUGUGCUGCGUGCGGAAGCCAUCAGCAGCUGAUCAACAGCGACGACGACGACGACGACGAGAGGAUGCUCCUUCAGAGGGGCUGCACUUGGCUGACGCUGAUGCCGCUCCUGCUGAGUUUAUCCAUUGGCGAGCUCAGCUUUUAUCGAAAUGCGCUCCCAGAAACGCCGGAGGACAUUGCGAUCAAACAGCUGGCUCGCUACUUGGAGGCGCAGCAUCUCCAGCAUCUCCAGCAGCGUCUUCAUCGCUCGCAUUUACCCACGUUUCUCUCACCGAUGCAGUUCAAGGAGCACAACACUUUGCAGCAGGCUCAACAGAAAGUUCUGGAGGCUCUGACCGACAAGACCGUUCUGGAAAAUUUGCUGACGAAACAAAAAGAAAAAUUAUUGAUGCAUCACCAUCGUCCGAACCAAUAUCACGACGCAAUGGUAAACAAAAUCGCGGAACGGGAAUCGGGAUAUUUCCCGUAUCAUUACAACGUCGGCGGAAUUCGGCAUCCGAGUUAUUCCGAAGAGGUACAGUCGAACGAGGGCGUCGACCGUUUCUCCAAGGAUUUCGGAUACAGACCGUCUUUUGAGAUGGACGACGAUGGGAGCAUCGCGGAGGAGGAACCUAUCGAGGACUCUUAUCACGCGAAGUAUGACAAUUACAAUCACGCAACGGGCGCAUUCGGUCAUCACGAGAGUGGAAAAGAAGCGGCCAUGAAAGCGGCAAUCGUGCCGGAUUUCGUUUACAAAUUUGACAAUUCGAAUCUAAACGAGAAACAUCCGUUCGCGGUAAAACCGAACGAUCCCAGAUAUUACAGCGAUUUGCCGUUUUCGUCGGACGUGCCGAUGAAAGCCAAUUGGAAGGAGGAAAAGACGGCGGACGAGGAACGCAUGUUAAUAACGCGCGAGGAAGACAUGCGAAGUCUUAAUCAAAAGAUUCCUAAAGACUUGACCAACAAAUUGGAACCGGAAAGAUCAUCCGCGAUCGAGGCGGGGCUUCGCCCGUUGAUUCUGCCUGUGCAUCGCGACAUGGACAAUGACGUUUACUUCAUUGCUAUUGUCGCCGGUUGCAGUGCGGCAGCUAUGUUCGCUCUUGUACUAGUCACCCUAACAUGGUGCAGGAUCUUCUCUUUUAGGCUACUACGCGGUGCCAAGGCCGCGGCAGAUAUAGAAUAUCCCGCUUAUGGCGUGACGGGACCAAAUAAGGACGUCUCGCCUUCUGGCGAUCAGAGACUCGCCCAGUCCGCCCAGAUGUAUCACUUUCAACAUCAGAAACAACAAAUAAUCGCCAUGGAAAAUCGCACUUCUGCAACGCGAGAUCCGGGUUCGCUUUCAGAAGCAGAAAGCGACGAAGAGAACGAGGAAGGUGACUACACCGUUUACGAGUGCCCCGGACUUGCUUCUACGGGCGAGAUGGAAGUGAAGAAUCCGAUGUUUCAUGACGAUCCCACCCCGGCAACACCGGCAACGCAGGGCAACAACAAAGAAGAGGACCACAUAUAGUUUCAGUAAAGUAGAGAAAAUAAAUCGCACGUGCGCAAACACGGAAAUAUCUUCCCUGGUGCUUAGAGCUCAUAUUAAUAUAACCAUAUCGGAAACGUUUCUGUAUUAUAUAUUGAUUAUGAAGUUUUAAUAUUUAUGACGCGAGGAUCGAUGAGUUUCACAAAGAGUGAAAAAAAAAAAAGAGCAAAGAUGUUAGAUUGAUAUCUCGGUGCCAGAAAGACCGAUGUUAUUUUUCGGAAGUAUAAAACAAAAAAAAUAUCUAAAUUAAAAUAUCUGCUUUUAAAUAAAAUUAGAGAUCAGUGAACAAAAAAUUUUAACAAGUGUUAAAGCGGAUGUUAUGCGAAUAGAUUUGGUACAUACGUAUUGUAACAAUCGCGAACUUGAAUCGCUCAAUCAAUCUUGCGAAACGUCAAUGUAGUUUUUAUUUUCAGGAGCGAUUCAAAAGUGUCAGAGAGAGUUUACUUUUGUUAUUCAUAUCCCUCACACAUAAACAGCAUUAAAAAAAAAGAAACAACCUGUAUCGUCUUUUUUCUUGUAUCGCGUAAAACGACAACGCACACACACACACAUUGGUAUUUCUAAUACUGAUAUAUUAAACCGUUGCGGCUUUUUACGAGCAAGAGAAAAAUAGCACUUGAAAGAAAAAGGAAUCGAUCGACAAACAAUGCCACAUCUCAGAACACCCAGUUUUUCUAAACGUCAUUUAUAUGACGUAUUAUAGUUUGUACUUUCAUAACAUAAAAUAGUUAUCAUUAUUUUUCUAUAGUUCGUUAUCGGUCGGGCAUAUAAAUGAUGGACUGCUUCUGAUAGAACACAAAUGUUCAAUGAGAUGUCUGUUGAGUAUUGUGCACUGUAUGAUGCAUCAGUGUCUACUGUCCGAGACACGCUUCCUCGAAAGUAUAAAAACAAGAGCUACUAAUUUAAAAAAGCAGUCUACAACGCUGUUUUUUGAAUCUAUUUACUAUUGGUUAGAUAUAUAUACAUAUAUAUAUACAUAUAUAUAUAGAGCUAUAUAUAUAUGUGUAUGUGUAUGUAUAUACAUAUAUAUAUAUAUAUUAUUAUAUAAUUAUAUACAAGUUACGUAUAUCACACAGAAACCGAAAACUUCUGUAAAUUUUUCUUAGAAGAUUAUACAUAACAAGCAUAAAAGUAAUACACCAUAUAACAUUUCACGUAAAAAAUAUAUUAGUUUUAUAAAAGAAAUAAAAACCACUGCGAUAUGUCGAAUAACUUUUUAUUUUAUCGCAGAUAUCUCAUGGAAAGAUGGAUAGACAUAUGUACACACAGGACACACAUACACACUUAUAUUUGUUGGCUUAAAAAGACAAUAUAUUUUAUUUUUAUAAAAUAAUCGUCAUUGUUAGCUAUGUAAAGAGAAUCUAUGAGAAAUGCUAUAAUCUAAGUCACAAAUACAGACUAUUUAUUUUAGCAAGUUAUCAGAUAUCUAUAAAUAAUAUAUUUUAGCUGUUAUAGAUGUAUGCUCUGUCUUGCGUUUGUAGAUAUAUAGAGCUAAAAAAAACUCCUACUCAACAUGUUGUGGAUAAUGGAAAAAAAAAACAAAGUGACGUAAAACCUCGUAAAUGAAAUUCUUCCUUUUCCCAUAUAUUGCACACACAUAAUAUGUUAUUAAUUGUAUACAUCAGCUGAUGAGUGUGACGAUAUGUUAAAGCAUGUGAAUCUAUAUAUAUAUAUAUGUUUCUAGUCUUCUGUCAACACUCUAUGACAUGUGUAUUAUAUUAUCACACUAAUUAUAUUAUACGACAUGUAUCAUAUUAUCACAUCAAUAUAAAUUAAGAGGCAUAAGAACACUAUGAAAGGACAAUCUAUACAAAUAGACAAAUUUGUAGUAUGAUUGUGCGUGUCGUGUAUCGAUCCUGGAGAAUAGGAGAUUAUUAUAAUAUUUAUGUCAAUUGAAUUUAAAUUAAUUGAAUCUUUAAUGUAUCGCAUAUUAAAGUUAAUAUACAAUAUCUUGUCCUGUCACACACACACAGACACAUCUGUAAUGUCUAUUUAAAAAGAGUAUGAGCAAAUAUUAUACAAAAUUCUUAUUCUUACUUCUUACUUGAUCAAAACAAUUAUAUUUAGAAUAUGUAAAAACAACCCUCUAUAAAAAAAACCUUCUAUAUAAAUUA